AUGAAAAACUUGUUGGAAGACUCCCCAUUGCAGGAGGCCCGAAGGGCACACCAUGAACCUGAACCUGAGUCCCCUGAACAAGUCUCCUCCGAUCAUGAGGAUUCUGAGAGCGGUGGUGCUGCUAGUGAUGAUGGGGGGGAUGAAGGUGCUGCUGAAGAGAGUGAGUCCGAGGUUGAGCCAGAGGAAGAGGCGCCGGUGCCAACGUCUCAGGAUAGUAGUGAAAGUGUGAACUCUGAAGCUGGUGCUGGUUCCAAUCAUGGGGGUGAUGAUGAUGAUGCCAAUGAUGGAGGUGCCAGUGAACACAGUGUCCUGCCCAGAGAGCCCGGUUCCCAGCGUGAGGGUGCAUGGAUUGGUUCUUUCUACCAAGAAAACUCCAGUGAAGGUCGAUCACCCGAUAUGCCACCCCGAAAUGUGAGAUCCAAGGCUGAGCGACCCCAGCAACUCUACGACCCAUGGGUCACGGAUAUCAUGAGGAACUUGCGUGAUGACCAUGGGUUGGAUGAGCACCCAAUGAUCGAGGAGUACAAGAAGCAUUGCAUUCGCGCACUGGACUUGUAUGGCAACCACGUAUUUGCAACACUUUGCUCUGCACGCCAUUUCAACGAGUGGCUUCAUGAGCAGAAGGGCCAGGACGCGGGCAAAGCUGUGGAUCGUGAACCCAAGGAUCGCAAGGCUGGCUUCAAGGCAGCUCUCAAUCUCAUGCGCCUGGAUGCCACGGUGGUGGAUGAGGCAUGGUCUAAGACACCGGUGUGCAAGCGACCCGCAUCGUCAGAGGAAGUUGCUGAGGGUUUGGUCCUCACCCCACCGCCUGUGGUGGGCCCUCAAUCAGCAAAGCGAAUGGCAAAUUUGAAGCGUCAAGCCCAUGGCGAAGACAUUAAGCCAGCCCAGAAAAAGGCCAAGAAGGCCAAGUCCCCCUCGAGUGAAGCAACUGCAAGCAAGUCUGAUGAUGAUCGGGUUUGUGAAAAAAUGGCAACCUUCAAGGGAUAUGAUUUGAAGGAGAUGGGCUUACCAGUUCAAGCCAUGCCAAGUGCCGAUGGUGAUUACCGUGGUGCCCACAGCUACACUCUGUGUGUUGGCCGGGCAGCCAUUGAGGUACUGCUCAAGCACAAGGCCUUCUUUGUCAAGCGCUUGGAUCCUGGGCACGAUGGUGUGAUUGUCUCACAGCGUGAGAUGACUAUGCGAAGACGGGUGAAGAAGGUCAUUGAGAAAACCAAGGCCAAAGUGCCCUUCAUGGAAGAGACAGGAGUGAGCCGCCCUCGCCUCCAAAGUCCAUGUGAAGCCCACCGUGGGAAUGUGAUGUCAGCAUUGCGUUUCCUCAGGGUAAUUGGAACAUUGAUGGCCAUGCUGUUCAGCCUGCCCUUGGACUGGGGUCGAAAGGUCACCCAUGUUGAAACAUUUGCAGGGUGCGCUUCGGUUACCCGGGGUGAGAUUCAGGAGGGCAGACCUCAUGCUGUGGCUUUGGACAAGGAGUACGGUGGUCCUGAAUUUGAUCUCUUAUCAAAUGAGGGAUUCUGCAACGCCCUUUACUACACAGCGUGCCUCGAACCAGGGUCAUCCAAAAUGGCUGCUCCCGUAUGUUCUACAUUUGUGUUUAUGAGUCGUGCUUCGACCUUGAGAUCUGAAAGCAACCCCAUGGGAAGGUCUGACAGUGAAGCUGUCAGGAAUGGCAACAUUUUAGCUUGCCGUUGUUUCAUUCUCCUUCUACUAGCGAGUUGCAAAGGAUGCUGGUGGCUUAUGGAGCAGCCCUCUACAAGCACGAUGGAGUACAUGCCAUGUUUCCAGCAUCUCAUGGCCCUUGUCAGUGUGAGGAAAAUGGUUCUUAGUCUUGCUGACUAUGGAUCCCCAACAUUGAAGCGGACGAACUUAUACAGCAGCAGUGAUGCCAUCGACAGCCUACCAGAUUACAGAACACCACGGCGUCUUCGGCCACGAGAAAUGGUACGUCACUACAUAGAUGGAUCAGGUCAGAAAAGGGUUUGUGGUGGGAAGCAUCUUCGAGCUUCACAAGCAUACCCAAGGGAGUUUGGGCUUGCCAUUGCAAGGUGUCGAACGCAGCACAAAGCACGGCACCUGAGGCUGGCGAGGCAGUUUCUGAGGGAUGCCAGAAAAUCUACCAAUUCUAUGGACACCAGUGCCCGAAUCAACAAGAUUUGGAAGGAUGGUGCCAAUCUGGAACCAGUCUUAACCUUUUUGUCCAAUGGCAAAUACAUGUAG